ACGGCCAGGUGAGGAAGAGGAAGAGGAAGUCGGGCUUGAGGAGGUGUGACUUCACUGAGGGAUGGGUGGAGUUCAGAGAUAAACGGGUGGCAAAGCGAGUCGCCACGUCUCUCCACAACACGCCGAUGGGAACCAGGAAACGCCAACGAUUCUCCUCCGACCUGUGGUCCAUCAAGUACCUGCACAGAUUCCAGUGGACUCACCUGAGUGAGCGUCUGGCCUACGAGCAGACUGUCCUCCAGCAGAGACUGAGGACUGAAGUGUCUCAGGCGAAGAGAGAGACAAACUUCUACCUGAACAACGUAGAUAAAAGCGCUCAUCUGGACAAGCUGAGGAGGAAGAGGCAGAAAGACGGACAACAGGUGGACGAGAGGACAUGGGACUUCACUCAGCAUCAGACAGAGGAGGAGAUCCAGAUGAAGAAGAAGAAGAUGAAGAAAGACUCCAUUUCCCAGAAGCACCUGGAUAAGGCCCGCCUCCUACAGCAGAAGAGCCAAUCAAACGUCUCGCUGCUGGCCAAGAUCUUUAACUCCAACCAAUCAGAGUGACAGCAGGGAAAUAGUUGAUGUUGGACAAGAUUGUUUCCAUGGAAACAGGAGGCAAGAUUGAAGUUUUUGGUUCCCCACUCAACGAGCUCGUUAAGUUUUUGGCACCACUGAACAGGUGUGAUGAUGUUAACUCUUCGGUGCCUGCGGCGCGUCCACAUCCUCUCUGACCAUCAGUCUGUCAGACUCUGACAUCACUUACAUGUUCAGGUGCUUCCACCUGUCUUUCUCUGUAUCAAAUGUAAAUAAAUAUACCUUCUAGUGACACAA